CGCUCUUUUCUCCUUGCUCAGAGACCCCAGCGCCUCCCUCCUUUUUUCUUUUGUCGUGAGAUUUCGAGGUUCGGUUUGACAUGAAAAUGGACGUGCUUGGUGUCCACCUCCACCACCAGAAGAAGAUAGCCAGCAGCCGGAAGCCGGCCGGCGCGGCGCGGAGGAGGUCGUUGGCCGAUAAAGGGAUCAAGGUCGUGUACAUAUCCAGCCCCAUGAAGGUGAAGACGAGCGCGGCCGAGUUCAGGGCCACCGUCCAAGGGCUCACCGGCCGCGACUCGGACGUUGCUCGGCUCAUGGACGCCGACGGCGACAAGCCUCGGGGUGGAUGCGCUGACGAGAGAGGGUUCGUGGCGGCCGGCGACUAUUGCGUGGCAGGUAAUAGUAGCAGCGUCGGUAACAAUAACUGCGGUUUCGGGAUCAGUAGUCACAAUAGCUCGAGCUGCGAGUCGCCGGCCGAGUCGGACACGGUGUUCGAACAGUUCGAAGCCGGGUCCGUGCACGGCGGCGGCGAGAGAGGGAUGGCGUUUCCAUCCAACUAUUUCCAUGAGUCUGCGUUCCUGGACGUGCUCAGCUGCUUCGAUACCAUGGCUUGAUUUUUUUUUCUUUCUUUCUUUUCUGGAUGUACGUUGUAGAGUUCGAUGCGGGCGGUUGCAGCUGCACAACACCGCCCCCGCCCACCCACCUCUAUGUAAUUACUCAUGUCUGCAUAUGCCUGUAUCGCUAUUAUUUGAUUUUUGGGAACCUAUGAAUAAUGCUACCGGCGCUACCUGUA